CACUGCUCUUUUUCCGCAUCGUAGCAGUCAUCUCACGGGAGAAAACGAACAAACUAGUGCAAUUGUUAUGGGGAAAAAUUCACUCAUACUCGGCAAUAGAUGACCACUCGGUCCAUUAUAAUUGAAAAGCUCCAACUCUAAAGGCGUUCGCGUUGCCUACAUCGAAACUACUACUUGUAAGUCAACAACAACAUCAUAGCUGCGUGCGUGACUCUUCUCUUUUUUCUGAUUAUCUUGGCCGACGAAUGACUCUGAUUGUAUGUCUCUUUUCUAUCUAUCAUAUUUUCUGCAGGAGGGCGAGAAGGAGAUAACAAGGCAGCAUCAGAAUCCUCCAAGACCUCCAGCACAGCCACUCGCCGCGUUUUCAUCGCUGGACCAGCUACAAGUGGUAUUUUGGGUUCGGCUGGUAGUUCGACCACUUCACAGGUUUAAGGCUACCUAGAGGAAUCUACUAGCUUUACAAGUACUCAGGUACUUACGCUUUCAGGAAGGCGCUAACGCCAGAGCACCAAGAAGAUAAUGCUCUUCACAAGAUGAAGAGUAGUUUAAGUUUCUUUCUGAUAGUCUAAGACAACGUUUACGCUCAAGAAGUAGCUCGGACUAGGUUUCUGUUACCUCAAGAAUUAGUUCGGACUAGGUUUUUUUCUGAUUGAUGUUCUGAUUGUUCUACUAACUCUAAGAACAUACUACUACAUCAAAUUCAAAGUCAAGAACGACCGACGUAGCUUCGGGAGAAGCGACUACUUCAGCUGCAUCUUCUUCAACUUCAGGCAUGGUGAAAGGAGCUAAAGGACCUGCUGCCACGCCGUCUACUGCGAAUC